CCCCCCGCGCGGCGCGCUGGUCGGAUGCUGCGCAGGCGCAGUCGGGACCUUUUUCGGGAACGUUCUGUCUCGCAACAACCUUCCUCUGCAAGGGAAAUCCUGUCAGGCUGCCUGGAGUUUCUUCUCGUUGAGACAAGAGUUGUAGCUGUGGGAGCACAAGGGCAGAACAGACUGCUCCGAGCUGCAGGAGAGGGACUGCCAGGAAGACCUUCAUCCCUGCAGCGCUGCUGCUAAGAGUUAGGAACCUGCUGCCUCUCCUCUCUGUUUCUUUUGAUCUCCUGGAGAGGAGAGAUGGCGGAGUUUGACACCAGUUGGACAGCCUAUACCAGGAACUAGAUUUAUUGCAUUCAAAGUACCUUUAAAAGGGUUCUGAGUCCUGUCUGCUUGAAUAUCUUGUCAACAAAGGAACUGAGAGGCGGUUGAGGUUGCUGCAUCUUUUGCCACUGUAUUUAUCGGUUAUGGCUGAGCCUGUGUCAAAAGGCUCUCACAAUGGACGAGCGUGCUAUUCAGAGAAAAUCCAGUCUUGCGUAUAUGAGCCAUUUUCAUACCUAGAGUGAAGAACACAUUUCAAAAAACACAGCUACAAUAGGGCAAUUAACCAGAGGCUUACCCCAACACAGAAAUUUACACCAAAAGACUUAAUUGCUGCAAUGAAAGCCCUCAAUGUGGAGCUUGGAUUAAUUAUUGAUUUAACGUAUACCACACGAUACUAUGAAGUUAAGGAUUUACCUAAAAGUGUGCAGUAUAAGAAACUUUAUACAGUUGGACUUGAAGUUCCUGAUAAUGCUACUAUUCUACAGUUCAAAAAAUGGGUCAGAAAAUUCCUGUGGGAAAAUGCGGGAAAUGAGAAACUCAUUGGCGUUCACUGUACUAAUGGAAUUAAUAGAACUGGCUACCUUAUAUGUAGAUAUCUUAUAGAUGUUGAAGGCUGGGAUCCAGAGGCAGCAAUUCAAGCUUUUGGUGAUGCUAGAGGUCAUCGCAUGGAUGGUCUUGUGUAUCUCACAGAUCUCAGAACACAACCAAUGAGAAGUAACCUUGGAAUGGAUGUAUGGGAUUCAGAUGAAGAAAUUAUUCCACCACCACAUGCAAUGGAAGGACCUGCAGAGCGGUUCCCAAAUGAAGAUUUUCAGGGGUCUGGGAAAAGAUUAAGAAUUUAUGAUGACCACUCUCACAAUGAUUUGCAAGGACAGAUGCAGUUGAGAGAUUUUGAUUUCAUUAAUAAGGGACCUGGACAAAGACGAAGACCAUUUCAUGACCAUCAGACUCAGGAUGAUUUAAGAGCACCAAUGCAGAUGAGAAAUUGGGACUACAAUAGGGGACCAGGACAGAGGCGAAGACCCUUUCCUGAUCAUCAGUUUUAUGAUGAUUAUCAAGAAGACACGCAGCUGAAGGACCUAGACUUCAGUAACAAGGGACCUGGACAAAGGUUGAGACCUUUUCACGGACACCAGUUUCAUGAUGAUUUACAGGCAGAGAGACAAUCAAGGGGCAUUGAAUUUAACAGAGGCCGUGGACAAAGGCAGAGAUCUUUUCCUGAUCAUCCAUCUCGCAAUGAUUUGCAGGAAGACAGGCAGCCAAAGGAUUUUGAUUUUGGUAGCAGGGGCCGUGGCCAGAGACGAAGACCAUUCCAUGACCACCACUCUCGUGAUGAAUUUCAGACUCAGAUGCAGUCAAAAGAGCUAGAUUGUGUUAACAAAGGUCCUGGCCAAAGACUAAGAUCUUUCCAUGACUAUCAGUCACAUGAUGACUUACAGCCACAGAUGCAAUUGGAAGAUUUUGAAUUUGGUAAUAGGGGUCGUGGACAGAGGUUGAGACCUUUCAAUGAUCACCAGCCUCGUAAUGACUUACAAACAGAGAUGCAACUAAAAGAUUAUGAUAAUAAAGGUCCUGGACAAAGGCGCAGACCUUUUCAUGAGCAUCAGCCUUAUGAUGACUUACAGGAGCAGGCUCAGUUAAAAGACUUUGAUUAUGUUAAUAAAGGGCAUGGACAAAGGCCAAGACCUUUUCAUGAUCAUCCAGGUCACGAUGACUUGCCACGUGAAUGGUGUUCAGACAGAAGUCAAUCUUUUUCUUCCCAUGAAAAUGCACCAGAACCUCAUUUCUCCUCAUCUCCUUCACUUCACAGAGAUUACGGGUCUGAUAAUGAUGACUUCAACAGAAGUUAUAGUAAUCGACCAAAUUGCCCUGAAGACAACAGAAGAAUGCAUCCCUCAGAUGAAUUUAAUAGAGGAAGAAACAGAUUUGCACCAUAUUCUUCACGAACAAUGCAUCCAUCUUCAUCUGUACACCAAGAAGAUAGCUCAGUAGACUAUGAAAGAAAACCGUUUCAAGGUGAAACUGUCAGAGAGAUGGAACAAAGCAAAAGAUUACCAGUUGUAACAGUUGAUUACAAUUAUGGUCUGCCACUAGAUUAUGGAGCUGAAGAGGAAGAGAGAACGCAUUAUGAUUUAGCUCCAAGAGACCACUACCACUGGAACUGAAUAAAACAGGCAAUGUUUGCUCAGCUUAGACUUACUUUUACCCAUUUUACUUUGUAUGUGGACCAGUUUUGGGUUUUUUUAACAAAUUAGGAAAAUGCAAAUUUCAGUAGUAGAGAACUGGUCUCUAUUGUAAGAUUAGCUCCUACUGAUGUUUUGUUCUUUAAAUUUAUUUGGGUGUAUUUGUUAAGUGUAGUUGGAGACAAGGUCUCCGUACACAUGGAAUAAAAGUAGUCCUUCCUUUAAGUGAAAUUGGAACCCUGUACCUUAAAACAAACAACUUUCGGAGUGAUUGUAGUUGUGUCUUUUGUUUUACAUUUCUUUAAAAUGUAUGUAAUUUUCAGAUGCAAAAGUCAUAAUAAAAUACUGCACUAUCAGGUAAACUAGCAUUGAGAUUAUAGAAAAAAUACUAAGAAAUGAAUGAAGCGAAGUUAUGUCCAAUUGAUCCUUUAAUUUGAAAAUAGCAGUUUGAAUUAUCGCUAACAAUCUUCAGUAUUGCAGUUUAAUUCCAGAUUUUCUGUACCAUCAACUGAACUGACCUAGUUGCACUCUUUUUUCAUAGCAGAAUUUUUCCCAGAUUGCUAAGAAUGCAGAAGCAAAUGGAGUUUGAAUACUCUAAAUGUCAGACUUGCUUUUCGAUAAUCUGAAUAUCCCAUCUUGAUUGUAUAUUUUUUCCUGAUCCCAUAGGUUAUAUAUGGUUGAGAAUAGCCCAGUGCAGGUAAAUGUCACAAUUUUCUCACGUAUCAUCAGCUUACCUGUCUCAACUGGCCAAGAUCACUGGUGCCUAUAUAGUUACACGCCCUGUUUGUCAGUCCAGUUUUGUUUUUUACUACUUUCUUUUUACAGCACAGCAGAGUAAUGUAAUCAGAAUAGAAGAAUAACCUCUUCAGGUAAGUUUAUUUUAAGAGUCAUAUAUUGCACAGUCUCCCUUGAACUGCCACUUCAGUGGGUCUCAGGAAGGUAGUGCAACAAACAGUAACUAAAUUCAUGCAGGCAGCUGCACAGUAGCACCAACAGCUCCUACUGUGGAUAAAGAAAUCUUAGUUCAUAGGAUGGAAAACAGCAUUAAUGUAAUACUUGGGUAAAUUAAAAAAUGUGUAUUUUUCAUUAUUAUGACAUUUUCAUAAAUUAAUAAUUUUAAAAGGCAUCACAGUGAAUAAGGAUAAAGAUAGACCAUGAUAUUAAAAUAAACAAUUAAAAUGAAUGCUAGAUACUUCAGUCAUGCAGCUAAGAAACUGCCUCAAGAGCAGCCAGCUGUAAAGCAUAAAGCAAGAGGGUGCAGGUGUACACUAGAAAACUUUAAAAAAAAAAAAAAGUGUUCAUAGCCAGAACCCACAGAGCUUUUUUGCCUUUCAACUAGCAGCAUAAAACCCAGAUUUCUGAAUUCAUGGUUCUAUAGCUACUAAAUAAGGACUAGAUUUGAAAAGUGUGGAACAUCUGGCAGCUCCUGUUGUUUUUUUAACACAUGCAAAAAAGUUCCCAAAAUUAAAGGAUUCUGUGGAUAUAAAUUUAAACUGCAAAAGCUUCAUUGACAUUGCAACUGGUAGAACAACUUUGGCUUUGUUCACUGUACAAAGUAAAUAGUUUCCUCAUUUUCACAGCAGCUAGUCAAUUGUAUUUCCCAUUAAAUCUUGGAUUGUGAGCCUCAUUCAUGUGGUCUCAGGAAUGAAGCUCUCUAUAAACUGGUUGUGGAACUGAGCACCAAAUGUUAAGAAAAGGCAUUUGUUCCACUUGCCCUUUUUUUUU